CUUUGUGCCAGUGCAGUGGUUUAGCCGACUGCUAAUAUGCAUGAAUUUGGAGUAAAUUAAGCUUUCAAACAGUACGUGUCAAAAUAGUUUGAGUUUCUUUUGUGUUUCUGUUGAAUUUAUACGGGCAGUAACACAACUUAAACUUGGCCAGUUUGCUGGGCUCCACACAAACGGAAUUGUGCAGGUGUCGCUCACACAGCUAAGCUAGCUUAGCAUUAGCCGUGGAAUGGAUUUGUUUGACGACCUCCCGGAGCCCAAGCACACAUCUGGGCCGGCUUCGUUGGCGCUCAAAGCUGAACUUCAAGCAAACGCAGAAAAGGAGGAGCCACGUUUAAAGCGAAAACUAGAAGAUGCUCCUGAAGGACGGGAGGAGGAGGAGAUCAAGAAAGUUUGUAGAGAAGGCAUCCCUGUGCUGAGAGGCUAUGUGGCGGCGAGACGUGGCGAGAGGGAGGAGAUGCAGGACGCUCACGUGCUGCUGCCUGAUAUGAGCGGGUGUCUGGCUGCCUCUCCGAGCCCCGUGUCUCGUGUCUCAUACUUUGCCGUGUUUGAUGGUCACGGAGGAGCUCGAGCAUCUCGCUUUGCUGCUGAGAAUCUCCAUCACACUCUCGCCAGGAAUUUCCCCAGCGGAGAAACAGAGAAUCUGGACAAACUGAUUAAGAAAUGUCUCCUGGACACUUUCCGCAAGACUGACGAGGACUUCCUAAAAAAAGCGUCCAGCCAGAAACCGGUGUGGAAAGACGGCUCCACGGCUACCUGUGUGCUGGUGGUGGACGACAUGGUUUAUGUGGCCAAUCUGGGGGACAGUCGGGCGGUGCUGUGCCGGGUGGAGCAGAGACCAGGAGGAGAGAGGAGGCCCGUUACUCUGGCUCUGAGUAAGGAGCAUAACCCCACCAUCUACGAGGAGAGGAUGAGGAUACAGCGAGCAGGAGGCACUGUCAGGGACGGCAGAGUGCUCGGUGUCCUCGAGGUGUCUCGUUCCAUUGGAGACGGUCAGUACAAACGCUGUGGAGUCAUUUCCACCCCGGACCUGAGGAGGUGUCAGCUCACCGCCACCGACAGGUUCAUCAUCUUGGCCUGUGAUGGCUUGUUUAAGGUCUUCUCUGCUGAAGAAGCUGUGAAAUUUGUCCUGGGCGUCCUGCAGGAAGGGGACACUGAAAAGAAGGAGGGGCUAACUGAAGAGGAAGUACGUUUUGAAGCUGCUUCCCAGCGGCUGGCCAAUGAGGCAGUGAGGCGGGGCUGUGCUGAUAACGUCACUGUCAUCCUGCUUUCUAUUGACUUCUAAUCAUCAACAUUAUUGACCCCUGAUCACGCACAUGUCCACAUUUUCUGUUUGACCUGAUAGUUCUCAUUUUUACUGAUCUCCAAUAAAAUCUUCUACUUUCAGCUGUAA